AUCGAUAAUGGCGACCACAACAACAAGAAUCUUCUCCUUCGUGCUCAUGAUGAUGAGCUUCACCGUUCUAAUGGGAUGUUGUUCCUCAGCGAAAACCUACAAAGUUGGAGACUCUGAAGGCUGGAAGCCGAAGGCCGACACCUAUCACGAUUGGCUCAAGGAUAAGGAAUUCCACGUUGGUGAUUCACUCAUUUUCGAAUAGGACCGAAACGUCGCUCAAGUCUCCGGCGCUUUGGAAUACCAAUAUUGCGACUCUACUUCUCCGAAAGCCGUCUACAACACAGGGAAUGAUGUCGUGACUCUUAAGGAACCAGGUUAUCACUAUUUCAUCACCUCAAAUCAUAUUCAAUGCGUAUACGGACAGAGACUCAACGUUCUUGUCGUCCAUGAUCCAUCACGUCUGAUUCCUCCACCACCACCAAGGAAGAUCCUUCCUUUUGGAAACAUCUACAAGGUUGGUGAUUCCAAUGAAUGGAGGGUUCCUGAAGUGGCUGACUUCUAUUACAAGUGGAGCGAGGGAAAACAAUUUCAUGUGGGAGAUAGUCUUCUUUUCUACUAUGACUACGAAGUCGACGACGUCUUAGAAAUCAGCGGUGAUCUUAAGUUCAAAGCUUGCGACCCGACUUCUCCUGUUUCCGUGCACAAUCAAGGACAAGAUCUCAUUAGGCUCACAAAACCAGGAAUCCACUAUUUCAUAAGCUCAAAGACUGUUAAUUGUGAGGCUGGGCUUAAGCUUCGAGUCGUUGUGCAACCACUACCCAAAGUUGUUCCUGAGAAGAUGAACAUGUCACCUUUGGAUCGCCUAAUCAAGUGGUUACAGAACUUCAGACCACAGCCCCAUCACUAA